UCGGUGAGCCGUCGUGAGCGCACGCCGCGGUCGCUCCGGUCGCGCCCUCCCUUGCUCGCCAGUGUGGAACUCGCAGCCAGCGCGGCUGCCUCGCCAGCCACUGACGUUGCCGCCACAAACCAACCGUGAAUACAUGAUAUACCGUAAAAUCUUCUCAACGAGUUUCGUGUGUAAUAUUUUGUAAAAACAGUGAGCCAGUGAAGUAAAUCCAUUCAAUUCUGUACACUCAAGUGAAAUGAAACUGAGCGAUGCGAUAAUGUUGCGUUGUUUUAAUUUUAUCCGAAGUGAAACACUGAUAGUUUAACUUCGUUCCGUACACAGGGUGAAAAUGUACGCGACAUCAACAGCGUCCACAACGACCUCAGGGUCUGGCCGGGCAGUGGGUGCUGUGGCGGGAGACCGACGCGUGCGCGCCGUGCGCCUGGUGCGCCCGCGCAGAACCGCGCCUGCCUUCGGCUUCGCGCUCAGGGGCGGCAGAGAGUACGCCACCGGAUUCUUCAUAUCCAAAGUUGACUUUAACUCUGAAGCUCACGUCCAGGGAUUGAAGGUGGGAGACCAGGUGGUGAGUGUGAACGGCUACCGAGUGGACGACGCUGUGCAUGCGGAGCUAGUGCACUACCUCGCCGCGCAGUCACGACUCAAGAUCAAAGUUAGACAUGUUGGCAUGCUUCCUGUCAAAGACAAGGCACAUGAGCCAUUGUCAUGGCAGUUCGUGUCGGAACGCGCGUCGCUGAGCUCCGACGUGUCGUCGUCGCCGACUCUAUGUCACGACAACGAGAGAUUGACGGACUUGAGACUAUCUAUACUCGUGCCUCCCAGAGCCAAGCUGGGUUGCGGAAUUUGCAAAGGUCCGGAGUGGAAGCCGGGCAUAUUUGUGCAGUUCGUGCGGGAAGGCGGUAUUGCACGCGAGGCAGGGCUUCGGCCCGGCGAUCAGAUCUUAUCGUGUAACGGCUUGGAUUUCUCCAAUGUUACCUUCAACCAGGCAAUAUCAGCAAUGAAAGCGACAGGCCGACUCGAGCUGGUUGUAAGGGAGGGUGCAGGCACUGACCUCGUGUCUCCCGAGAGCUCGGGGUACAACAGCUCAGCGUCGUCAGCUGCCGGGGAGCGCAGCCCCGCGCCCACUGCGCCGCACGUGCCACUGGCACCACCGGCCGCGCUGCGCAGGCGCCUCGCUAGCGUCGCUGAGGAGGCUGCUGACCGCGCAGAUAGAUUAACGAUGAACCGACUGAAAAGAAGAACAUGGGAUAGCUUAGAUUUCGAUUGGAAGAACGAUGACAUACAUAACUUUGAUGCGCCCUCUGACAUAGAACCCGAUUAUGACUGUCCUAGUAUUCCGAACAAUCCUCAUUCGUAUGAAAAUAAAAGUAAUUUGCGAUCCAAAAAUAAGAAAGAAUACGUCACUAGCCCAUCGAAUAGAACUAUAAUCAAUUUAACCGAAGACGGUGCUACAAUACAAUGUAGUUACGACAACCAGUCCCCUAGGAAAAAUGCAUUCACUGCAAAUCAUACAAAUCGAGACAACGACAAAAAAACCAUAGUAGUGGAAGUGCAUCAUACUAGUACGACGACGUGCGGAAAAAAUGCAUGCAGCUAUCCACCACCUUUAAAAAACGAUUGUAAUUCGGAUUCUGUCAGUUUGUCUAGUUCAGCUACGUUAUCAAGUGCCAUCGCCGAGGAAAUACAACGACGUAUGAUGAACAAGAAAAAAUCAAAUCCUGAUUGUAACGCUCCACCACCUCCCGCUAAGAAGCCACCGCCACCAAAGCCUGCAGACGAUAAGAAGAAGCAGCACGAUGCCUUAAUGGAUGAAUUCAAAAAAGUCCACAGAAAAAUGUUUGCAAGUAUAGAAAACAAUGAAAAAAACACACAAAACAACGAAGAUGAAUCAUUGGACCGUCAGCAAACAUUACCUCUGAGGAAGGCCGAUCAACCGGCAGAAAUAACAAACGGUAACCACGAGCCACCGAAGAGGGAAGCCACGGAUAAUCCCCCUCCUCCACCACCAAUGCCGUCAAUGAAUGGACACCAAAACGGAACUCACAAAAUCAUCGAAAACAAAGAUAAACCAGUUCCAAAACCAAUUACAGCAGAACUUCUCACCAAUUCAAAUUUUAGGAAAAAUAACAACCUAACAAGAACACCAACGCCUGAUUAUAGUAAGAAAACUGAACCAGCCCCACAAAUUAAAAGUAUUAAAGACGAAAAGGCUGACAUGGAGUCACUAGAAUCUUAUAAGUUAAAAAAUCCUUCGAAUGUACUACCAAAGCCACCAUCAAAUUAUUUUGUUAAAGCUCCGAACGGCACGGCAACAAUGAAGAAGCAUUCACGCCCUGUAUCGGUAACUAUUGGUGAAUACGCGUACGGAGGUGCAAGCAGACGGGAACCAACGAAGCUCGAUUUCCUUAAUGGAGAUAAAACCGAUGGUGUUCAUAAAGCCGAUGAAGAAGUUUCUAUAUCUAAUAGACUACAGUCAGAACUGGCUUUGACGUUAUCUAGAUCGAAUUUACGUAAGAAGACUGAAGCUCUGGAUCAUGGGAAUGUUACUAGAAGUUUGAAUGUUAAUGAAGAUAGUGAUGCUUCUGUAGAUAAAAUUUUCCACGUUAGAUAUGGACACAAUCUUUUACCGUUACCACCCUGUAUUACGAUACCAAAAGUCUCCGUAUCAAAAAUAAAGUCAUGAAGUUUCAAGUCACACAGCGGACGCCAGCCGAUAAGUAAUGAAAACGAAUUUUAAUAUAAUUUAGAUAACAUACUAGUUACUCCUCUAUUUUAGACAAUUAGUGAAAUGUAGAACAUUUGGUUAGAAUUUAAUUAGUCAACCAAAGUUAGUUAAGUAUUUAAUUUAUGUACUAAAAGGACUUAAAAGUAUAGCAUAGUGCCACUUUUGAAAUUAGAGACUUAAGUGUGUAAUUUUAGCUAAUGUGAAAAAAAUUACGAGUUUGUUGGUAAUUAAUAUUAAUAGUCCUGAAACCAUGUUUAAUUAUUAUUGGUUAUAUAAUAAUGUAUAUCUGUGGAAUACCUAAGUCAUACAUAAUACAUGCUGGUUUAGAAUAAAAA